AUAGCCGAAGAUUAAAAGUGCAUACGGCUGACGAUAAUCCAAAUUGCUUAUCUAAACCAAUUAAAAAGGACAAUUCUGACAUUGGAGUAGCGUCAACAGAUUUGCAAAAGGAUUCAAAAUCCGAAAAUUCAGAAUCACUCAGCAGCUGUCCCGAUACAGAUUCCGAAUCAGAUGCUGGUUCUAGUAGUAACAGCCCUGAAUCAGAGUUAACAACUCUAAGUGACGAAAGUGAUUCCGAAUAUAACACUGUUGGCAAUAGUAAUAGUAUUGAUUCUGCACGAUUAAGACGCAGGACUAGUUAUCGUAAAAAUGUAACAUUAAGUCGACAAAGUGUUCCUGAGCCAAAGCCUUCUCAACCAAAAGAGUCAUUAUGUGAAUCUUGCAAAAUUAUGCAUGUAAACGUUCAAAGAGUUGGCAGCCUUGAUUUAUGCUCUUAUUGUCGAACUCUUUUUGAUGACGAUAACACAAUUCGUUUUAGGCGUGCUGGACAAUACGGGUUUCAACCUCAAAAACGUGUCAAAAUCCUAGGUCGUGAUAGUAAAUGGUAUCCGGCCACGCAGGUUGAUGUUGCAAAUGGGCGUAUUCGUGUGCAUUUUGAUGGUUGGAGUGAUAAAUUUGAUGAAUGGGUGCCAGCAGGAAGUCAAAGAAUGAAGGAUAUGACGUUAGAUGAAAUAUUAGAGGCACAAAAGGCUUUGGAAGAUGAAAGUAUAGAAAUAUUUGGUGAAAAUGAAUCAAUGUUAAUACCUCAUAACAAAAGUAGAAUACGUGCCAAAGGCCAGAACAAAUCUUCGUCAGUUUCGAGUUCUUCAAAAAAAAGUUCUUCGCAAACGAAAAACAUUCAAUCUAAAAAGAGAGAUUAUCAAUAUGACGGUGAUUCUGAUAUCCGAAGUCAACAAAGUGAAUCUACCGAUUCUUUAGCUUCAUUUGACUGGAAUGACUUUUAUAUUGGUCGUAAUACACGUCGCAGUAUACGUAAUGAUAAACUUUUGAGUAAUUCAAACAUACUUACUCAGUUAAAGGCACGAUUCAAACCAGGAAAUCAGAUAGAAGUACGCGAUAGGUUAAGAGAAUGGGUACCAGCAACAAUAGUUGAAUCGAAAGGCUGUCGCGUCCUGAUUCAUUAUGAUGAUGUCCCGGCAUUUUAUGACGAAUGGAUAGACAUUAGUAGCGAAAGAUUGCGCAUGAAACCUGUAAAGGCUAAUGAAACGUGUGUGGUUGGUCAAGAUAAUAAGGACAAGCAAAAAAAAGACGACCGUAAAAAGAAGAAUAAAUUAGAGACUGUUGAUGAUUCUUUGGAAUUCAUAGAUAUUGACACUCUACCUUUAGAUAUGACAGAUAUUAUUGCACUUAUUGCGAAACGCCGUCAGAAGGAAAUGAUUAUAAAAGUUUCGAAUUAUGUGUGUUAUGCUCAUCAAUUUCCAAGUUAUCAUGAACAUCCACGAUGUUCUUUUGCAUGUCAAUCGGUGAUUGAUGAUGAAGCAAUUAAAAUGUCUUCAAAGGGUGAAGUCAUCAAAACAUUUGAUAAAGACGUUUUUGACACAACUUAUAAAGACCCAGGCAUUGACCUGGUGAACGAAAAUGUGCAACUGGAUAGUGGCAUGGGAUACCUUUAUUUGCAAGCGUGGAACUCGCGUAAGAUCUGCGGUUUUUGCAAUGAUGAUGAUGGUCAGCAGCUUGGCGGUUUCAUAGGGCCACAACCUUUUGUUACCAAUACUUAUACGCGUCAUGGUGAAAAACAAAAGAUUUUCUGGACUCAUGAAGCUUGUGCAAAGUAUUCACCGGAGGUUUUUCUUUCCAAGUCUAAUGAAUGGUAUAAUGUGACCUUAGCAUGGAAGAGAGGUCGAAGCAUG